GAAACUUCCAUUGCCCAACAAGUCGUAACUUGCAGCUCUCAGGAUUUUCUUGGAUUAACGACUAUUUAAACUUUGAAGAUUCGUUUGACUUCACUGCCAUGGCGUGUCCUUUCAUGAAUUCAUCGGAAUCGACUAAAGGCGGUGCUGACAACCAAGAAAUGCACUACAGAACUUACCUUGAGGUCGACACCUUACUGAGUCUGCAGAAGCCUGUUACUGAGAAGAAGGGUAACCUGUGCCACGAUGAGCACCUGUUUAUCACGGUGCAUCAGGUGUACGAGCUGUGGUUCAAGCAGAUACUGAAGGAGCUGGAAAGCGUGAUUUCGCUGCUGCAGGAUCACGACUCGCUGCCUAUAGCCGUCAGGAGGCUGGAGAGAGCAACUCAAAUACUAGAGCACACCACGACGCAGUUCCCGCUGCUGGAGUCCAUGACGCCUCUGGACUUCAGGGAGUUCCGUGACCAUCUCGCCCCUGCCAGCGGCUUCCAGUCACACCAGUUCCGCUACAUCGAGAACAUCGUUGGCGUCAGGCCUGAUGACCGUGUCCCCUACAACAGAGAAAACUAUCGUGUUGUUUUCAAGGACCACAAAGAUGUCUUGGACAAGUUCGAUGCUACCGAAAAGGCGACCUCCCUGCUGACGGCCGUCAACAGCUGGCUGGAGGAAGUCUACGACAAAGAAGACGCCGGUGAAAAUUUCUGGCGCAUCUACGAGCAAACAAUGAAGAACUUCAUCGGUAGCAAGCCUAACGAGGAAGAAAAGAAGGCCGCUGCCGACAAGUUCGCAUCCCUCCUUGACGAGGAAGAUUACAAGGAGUGUAGUAAGCGCGGAGACCGGCGACUCUCGUACAAGGCAUUCAAGAGUGCCUUGAUGGUGAUGAUGCGUCGUGACGAGUGCAAGUACAGCGAACCUUACCGCUUCCUGCAGCUACUCGUCACGCUCGACGUCACCCUCACCAAGUGGCGAUUCAUGCACCUGAUGACCGUGCAGCAGCUGAUCGGUCCUGCCACAGCGGGCACGGCAGGCUCGUCUGGAGUACCCUACCUCAAAGCCACGCUCGGGGACCCCUUGAAGGUGUUCCUCGAUUUGUCCCACGUGACGUCACUGCUCCUGCCUCGCCCGCUGCUGAAGGAGGCUGAGGAGAGGCAAGCUCUCGACAAUCUUGAGUAGGGCGCUCGCAAGAUUGAUCUGAAGGAUUAAUGGAGAUUGCCUCUUACCCAAUUAUAUCUGCUUUUAGUUAUCUGUUUAGAUGUUGUUCAAACUAACACGAUCUUCUCCUUCAUUGAAGCUCACUUCAGACGAAUAAAAUUUGAUCCGUGAAUUCUUAAACUUUUGAAACGCCCCAAAGAAUUUUCCAUUUUAGUUUCUUGUCUAAUUUAAGUAAUCGAAAGGGCUGCUAAAAUAUUCAAUGAGGCAUUAAUAUAUUAACAGUGAUGCUAUAACGUGAUUGUACAAUUUAUCGCACUGCGUUGAAACAAGCUUUAUUAGAGAUAUUAGAUUAACUACAAUGUAUAGUAGAAUGUAAAAGGCACCAGAAACCUUCAGUUAUUACCCAGAAGCACAACAGAAUUAGUGCAAUAAAAAUGCCGUUUUAUGAUUUUUAGGCUUCAGGAAGAGUCAGAUUUCACAUGCUCUCAAAAAUUUUCAUUUUGUUUGAUUUCUUUCAUACGGCCUUAUUUCUGUUCUCGAACCUGACGAACCAUACUCACCAUAGUUGUGUUUCUUCUUUCGAGUCCGAACGGUGUAGGUAGCGCUAUAGCCUUAGCCUACAUGUUUGAUGUUUUACAAUUUACACAAUCUAUGUUAUACUGAUUUAUGAAAUAAAUGUAUGAAGAAAUAUGUCA